AUGAAGCUUGUGAUCGCCUUCUUGGUGUUGUUCUCUCUCCUCGCCGUCUCCUCCGCCGCGGAGAAGUUCGAUUUCUUCUACCUUGUUCAACAGUGGCCGGGGUCGUUCUGCGACACGCGGCAGGGCUGCUGCUUCCCGGAUGACACGAAGCCGGCGGCGGCGUUCGGCAUCCACGGGCUGUGGCCCAACUACGCCAAGUGCCGUGGCCGUGGCCGCCAGGGCCUCGCCCGCGCGAUGCUCGGCGACGCCUUCCUCUCCACCGUGGGGCGGCGCGGCAAGUGCUAG